AUGGGCAAUUCUGACCACGCGAGAACAUCGCACGGGAUUACAGGUUACAUCACCGUCGGCCUAGCCGCCAUUUCUGUCCCCCUCUACCUGUACCAAAAAAGACUCAACUCCCGCCCAGAUCUUACAUUCUACAUGUACCGCAGGCUCAAGUUUAUCAACGCUGUAGACUUUGUUGUCUGCCAAUCGAUCCUCCUCAUCUCGGGCUUCGCGCUUCCCGACGGCAUCGACGAUUUUGGGAUCAUGACCAUCUGCGGCACGACCACCAUCUCUUCUUCGCUGGUCUUUUCCUUGGGCAUGAUCGUGUCCUUUGUAUGGAAUUGCGCGAUGGCGACCAUGACGGUGCAGUGGUUGCUUGAACGACGCAUCAGGGGUGGGAGCCUCAGGGACAGGGCACCGCCUUGGAUGCUUAAGUUCUUGAGAAAACGAGCUGACUCGGAUGCGAGUUUCCAAUGA